AUGGCAGGACGAGGCAAAACCCUGGGUUCCAGUGCUUCCAAGAAGUCAACCUCCAGGAGCAGCAAAGCUGGUCUCCAAUUUCCUGUCGGCCGUAUAGCCAGGUUUCUCAAGGCCGGGAAAUAUGCCGAGCGUGUAGGUGCCGGUGCUCCUGUCUACCUCGCGGCUGUCCUUGAAUAUCUCGCCGCUGAGGUUCUUGAAUUGGCUGGAAAUGCCGCGAGAGAUAACAAGAAAACCCGAAUUGUACCUCGCCAUAUUCAAUUGGCAGUGAGGAACGACGAAGAGCUAAGCAAACUUCUAGGUGAUGUUACCAUUGCUAACGGUGGUGUUAUGCCUAAUAUUCACAAUCUUCUGCUUCCCAAGAAGGCUGGGGCAUCCUCCAAGAGUGCUGGAGCUGACAAUGACUCUUAA